AUGCAAACCCUCCCGUCUGCGCGUUUGUUCGCUUUCGCAAGAGUUUUAACGGUAAUAAAGCGGAAUAUGUCUCAAUCGAGUGUAAAGCUAGCGCUGAUUGAUCUAAGCGGAACACUGCAUGUCGACGAUCAACCGACCGAGGGAGCAGUCGAAGCAUUGAAAAGACUGCGUGAACAUGGCGUUAAAGUAAAGUUUGUAACCAACACAACGAAAGAAAGUGUUGGCUCGCUGUUCGCUAGGCUACGCAAAAUAGGCUUCGAGCUAGAACGGGAAGAAAUCUACGGAUCGCUAGCAGCAGCGUCGGAAUACGUUCGUAAAAGCAGUCUCAAUCCGUACUACCUCCUAACGGAUGAUGCCCGCACGGAUAUGCCACCGAACGAUCCCGCUCGUCCACUGGAUUCCGUUGUGGUGGGCCUUGCGCCGGAACGUUUCUCUUACGAGCAUAUGAACGAAGCGUUCCGUGUACUGCGUCAACAAAGUAAAGUUCAGCUCGUGGCCAUCCACGAAGGCCGGUACUACAAGGCGAAGGAUGGUAUCGCACUUGGGCCCGGUUGCUUUGUGAAAGGGCUCGAGUAUAGUACGGGCGUGUCGGCGGUUUGUAUUGGGAAGCCAAAUGAAUACUUUUUCCGCUCGGCCCUGCCGGACGGGGUUGCGGUUGAGGAGUGCGUCAUGAUUGGAGAUGAUCCAAAUGACGAUUGUCUCGGUGCGAUGAGCAUUGGAAUGAAGGGCUACCUGGUGGAGACAGGAAAGUAUCAGCCAGAACUGUACACUGCGGAAAGCCGACCAAAAGUGAGUGGUAUUUUUGCCACUUUUGGCGAUGUAGUGCAGCAUAUCGUAUCGGGCGGACAGUAA